AUGGGCGGAAUGGCCGGUGGAAUGGGCAUGGGCCAGAUGGGCAUGGGGCAGCCACAGAUGGGCCAGCCACAAAUGGGGCAAGGCAUGGGUGGAAUGGGCCAGAUGGGUGGAAUGGGUCAGCCAAUGGGCCAGAUGGGCGGAAUGGGCAUGGGGCAGAUGCAACAGCCAAUGGGUGGUUGCAUGGGAGGGCAGAUGGGCAUGGGAGGGAUGGGUGGAGGAGGAUGUAUGGGCAUGGAUGGCAUGGGAGGUCAGAUGGGUAUGGGUGGCAUGGGUGCAAUGGGCAUGGGCAUGGGUGGCGGCAUGGAUGGCGGCCUGCAGACCGGCACCGUCAAGUCGUGGAAUGAUGAGAAAGGCUUCGGCUUCAUCAUACCGAACGGCGGAGGGGAUGAUAUCUUCGUCCACAGAAGUGCGCUGACAGAUGGCGGCAUGCUGCUACAAGGCGCCCAGGUCCAGUUCGAGGUGACAUGGAAUGCUCAGAAGGGCAAGAGCCAAGCUUCCAGAGUGACCGGCGCAGUGCCCCAACAGAAGGGUGGUGGCAAAGGCGGCGACAGCUUUGGUGGCGGUGGUGGUGGCAAGGGUGGUGGUGGUGGCCAGCCAGGACUCGCCGGACCCACUAUGCAAUCGACUGGCAUAGUCAAGGUGUGGUUCGAGGAAAAAGGCUUCGGCUUCGUUAGCCCCGAGGGAGGUGGUGACGAUUGUUAUGUUCACAGGACGGCCCUAUCCGACGGCCAGACCCUGAUCCAGAACUCGACGGUGCAGUACACCGCGUCCGAGGGAGCUCGUGACAUGACUAUUCCAAGCCUGGGUGAGGCCCAGUGGAAUGCCACAAAGCAGAAGUACACAGCCACUAGCGAGUCUUGGCUGCAUCUCAAUGCUGUGCUGAAGCACGUGCGAUGCAUCCCGCCCCCACUGGUCACCGGAGCAGCGCCCACCGGUGGAAAGGGCGCCGCGCCGCAGGGCGGAGCUUGGGGAGGUGGAGAUGGCUAUGGCAAAGCUCCGGACAUGGGUCCAGGAGGCUUCCGCCUCACGCUCAGCUGGAAGGCAAAAGCCAAGGUGCAGAGCCCUACCCUGCUGGCGGCUGCGAUGGUGGCUGCGGGAUGGACGGUGGCUGCGGAGGCUGUGGCGGCUUCGACGGCGGCUGUGGAGGCUGCGGCGGCUGCGGCGGCUGCGGCGGCUGUGGCGGCUGCGGUUGCGGCGGCUGCGACGGCGGCUGCGGCUUCGGUGGUUGUGAUGGUGGAUGUGGGGGAUGCGGCGGGUGCGAUGGCGGCUGUGGGGGCUGCUGUGGAGGCUGCGGCUGCGAUGGCGGCGGAUUCUCCUAGCGCCUGGGAUGUGUUCCCCGUCAUGGUCAGCAUGGUAUGGGCACUGUCGCACUGUCGAAAGGAGAGCACCAGGGAGGACGGUGCUGGCUUUGAGCGCGCUGUUCCGCAGAAGGGAGCCACUUUCGAAUUGGCUAUGGAGGAGGAGAAGGAUUGUGUGCGUUGGAAACAGACGCAGCUCUGUGGCAUGUCGGGCAUCGCAGUGGGCCGUGGCCUGGAUCAUCCCGAGCCGGGGCCAGGACGCUAUGCGCCGCCUGCGGACCUGACAGCUCCAGUUCUUUGUGAGAGGAGCUCAUCCGGCUUGGCCUGGAAAGUGCUGGAGCAGGGCGACGGCGGGCUGCCCCCGCUCCGGUCGGACACGGUCAUCGUCAGGUAUACCGGAUGGAAGGCGAGCAACGGGGACUUGAUUGACAGCUCCUACUUGAGACAAGAGCAGACGAAGGUAAAGAUUACGAGCGUCAUCCCAGGAUGGCAGGAAGGUCUUCAAAUGAUGUCGCCAGGGGAGAAGCGGCGGUUCUGGAUCCCAGCAGAGCUCGGAUUUGGUGUGGAGGGCAUCGACGAUCCUGAAGAAGCAGCUGGGCCACUUGGUGCCACCGUGUACGACGUGGAGUUCGUGGAGGUCACUGAGCCAGAUGCGGAUCCCAUCUUCGUUUACAUCGGCGUGGGAGCUGCUUUCCUCCUGGCCCUGACGACGCUUUUCUCGGCUGUCAACGAAGAGCCUGAGAGGCGGGAGUAUGAGACUUCGGCUCCCUUCUCGAUCUUCGAGCGGCCAGACAGAUGA